AUGGAUGACCAAGCAAGACAGAUGGGAAUUGGAAUAACUCCUACCUCAUUAAGCAAAUUACCACCUGGAGGAAAAAUAAUUCGUCCAAAGUCUGAAAAAGCCAAAGCCUUACAAGAAAUAAUGGAUUAUGCCAGAUUGGGUCUUGAUAUAGAAGAUGAAAGACCUUACGAUCCAAUGGAAAUUGAUCUUGCUAUUGUUAAUAUUGCAAGAAGGAUUGGAGGAAAUACUACUAUUCCUACUACGAAUAUAGUUAAUGCAUCCCGAACUGUUAGAAAAAAGAAACCACCUGUUAGAAAGAGAGUUAUUAAAAAGGAAGUUUAUGAAGAGAUAGUUUAUGAGGAUGAGGAUAAUGAAAAUGUUGAGUAUGUAGAAGUUGAAGAUAGACUUGAAGAGACGCUUUGUAAUAAUUCCACUAUAGAGCAAAAAGUUAUUGAGAUUUGUAAAAAAAUUUUUCAAGAUGAGCUUAGAAAUAUUCUUAAUGAAUUUAAAACCCUUUUAUCUUCUUAUAAUUUAUUACCAGAAUUAGCAAGCUCUAUGGCUUUAGAUGAACCUAUGGAUAUUAAUUUAGUACGUUGUCCUGCUAAUGAUCUUACAACUGCUGAAUGUAGAAUUAAUAAUAUUUUAAUUCCCAAAGCAGUAUUGGAUGGAGGUGCUCAGUGUACUAUGAUAAGUAAAAAACUAGCAAGGCGUCUUGGAUUAAAAAUUGAUACAACCAAUCCUCCAUCUCUCGAGGGAGUUGCCACUGAUGCCAGCUCAUAUGGAUGGUGUUAUAAUGUACCGAUUACAUUUACAAAUAGAGCAUUAACAAGAAAUACAGAUUAUACAAUGAUACAUGAUGUAAUAGUUAGUGAUUAUGAUAAAUAUGCUUUAAUUAUUGGCACUGACUGGCUUGAUCUUGCUAGAGGUAAAGUAGACUAUGAAAAGCGUGAAUUUAGAGUUGGCAAUAUAUUUGUUCCUAUUUCUGUUCACAGAUCAAAUAUUAAA